AUGGAGAAGGAGACGCCGCAGACCGCGCCGCCGCCGACCUUCCUCCGCGGGGAGGAGGCUUCGUCGUCGUCAGCGCGCGCGCGGUUCGAGCGCUUGAUCCGGCGGGUGCAAGCGGAGGUGUGCGCGGCGCUCGAGGCGGUUGAGGAGGGCAGCGGCGGCGGCGUCGGCGAUGGGGUGUUCCGGGAAGACGCGUGGACUCGCCCGGGCGGCGGCGGCGGCAUCAGCCGCGUGCUGCAGGGUGGACGCGUGUUCGAGAAGGCCGCCGUGAACGUUUCCGUCGUCUACGGCGUCAUGCCCCCCGAAGCGUACCGCGCGGCGAGGCCCGACGCGGCGGCGGGCGCGGAGAAGGCCGGCCCCGUGCCCUUCUUCGCCGCCGGAGUUAGCUCGGUUAUCCAUCCAAACAACCCCUUUGCUCCAACAAUGCAUUUCAAUUACCGAUAUUUCGAGACAGAGGCAUCACAAGAUACUCCUGGGGCACCCAGACAAUGGUGGUUUGGAGGCGGUACGGACUUGACGCCAUCCUACAUCAUCGAAGAGGAUAUCAAGCAUUUUCAUGGUGUUCAGAAAGAAGCAUGCGAUAAGUUUGAUCCAACUUUUUACCCAAAAUUCAAGAAAUGGUGUGAUGACUACUUUCAUAUCAAGCAUCGUGGUGAACGCCGUGGGGUGGGCGGAAUAUUCUUUGAUGAUCUUAGUGACCGUGAUCAAGAAACGGUUCUUGAUUUCGUUACAGAGUGCGCAGAGUCUGUAAUUCCUGCAUACAUCCCCAUCAUAGAACGUCGGAGAGAUACUCCAUUUACAGAAAAACACAGGGCAUGGCAGCAGCUACGGAGAGGUCGGUAUGUGGAAUUCAACCUUGUCUAUGAUCGUGGCACCACAUUUGGCCUGAAGACUGGAGGAAGGAUCGAGAGUAUCCUUGUUUCCCUUCCUCUGACCGCACGGUGGGAGUAUGAUCAUAAACCGGAAGAAGGGACUGAAGAAUGGAAACUUCUUGAUACGUGCAUCAAUCCAAAGGAGUGGAUCUGAUUGGUUGGAAGUGCUUGUUCUUUAUUUUUUUGUUUGCUAAUACCUGACUUUAUUUUGAAGUGUCUUCUAUGCGUAGAUUUUGCGUAUUUGGUGUGAUUUUCUGUAGUAAGCUUUAGAGUUUUUCAAGCUUGGUGAAAUACGUGUUUGUGUAAUUUGUCUAAACGAAAAAUAUUUAUUCUUGUUUCUGAAAAUAAAAUCCAUCUGUUCAAGUGA